AUGUCAAAAACAACUCAAAAUGCCGUGGCAGAGUACAAAAAGAAGUUUCCGGACCUUCCUUGGACAAAGUUGAAGCCCGUUGGCAAGCAUCCUUUUUUCAAAUACCCAGGCUUCGCGCCCGAUAAGAAAACGCUUCUUGGGAAGGGACAUACCAAGCAUCCCGGAAAGAGGCCGUUCAUCAGCGAGGUCAUCUAUGAACACGAUGUUGCCAUUCAGCUGAGAGAUGGCACCAAGAUUUUUACAGACGUCUUCCGUCCCUCUGAUUCAGAAGUGAGCAAGGUCCCUGUGAUUAUAGCCUGGAGUCCGUAUGGAAAGACCGGGUCUGGGGUCCAGCGUUAUGAGACGAUGGGUCCGUUCUCCUGCGGUGUUUCUGAAGAUACGGUUUCCGGUUAUGAGAAAUUUGAGGGCCCCGAUCCUGCUGACUGGUGUCCACGGGGUUAUGCUAUUCUCAAUCCUGACACCCGCGGCGCCACAAUGUCCGAAGGUGACAUCACCUUUUGCACAGAGUCCGAUGCUUUGGACCUCUACGACACUCUUGAAUGGCUUACUCUUCAACCAUGGUGCAACGGAUCAGUUGGCAUGAUGGGAAACUCUUGGCUUGCAAUUCACCAGCUUAACUUCGCUUCCCGACUUAAGCACCCUACACUCAAGGCUCUAGCACCAAUGGAGGCCGCAACUGACCCUUACCGAGACAUAGCCGUGCGGGGUGGGCGACCACAUCUAGUGGGAUUCAACAACCUACUCCUGAGUGGGUUUUGUGGCCCCAAUUCAGCCGAAAACUUUGCGGCCAUGGUACGAAAGCGACCGCUCUAUGAUGAUUACUGGGCAAGCAAACAUGGUGCCACCGAGAAUGUCGAUAUACCGUUGUACCUAACUGCCUCGUAUUCAUCAUGUCUUCACACAUAUGGAUCCUUUCGAACAUUUACAACGGCCAAAACAAAGGAGAAAUGGCUGAGGGUUCACCCUUAUCAAGAAUGGUCAGAUCUAUACCGACCUGAAAUCGUUGAUGAACUCCAGAGAUAUUUUGACAGAUAUCUAAAUGGCACUUCCAACGGAUGGGAGAAUGAUAUUCCUGCCGUUCGAAUAUCUCUCCUUGGGUUCGACGGGAGUCCUGCCAAGACAGUUGUUGAAAGAACAGAGGCCGAAUAUCCUCUAGCUAGGCAGCAGCUGACGACAUACCGUCUUGAUGCUUCAUCACAUACUCUGACUAAAGAGAAUCCUCCCAGAACAUCGACCACGUCUCACAAUUCUCACAGUCUUGAUGCUUCCUCAGAUUUCAUCUUACACUUUGAUGAUUAUACUGAGAUCGCCGGCUCGGCUUCUGUUUGCCUCUGGAUGUCUUGUGAUGAGCAUGACGACAUGGAUGUUGCCGUGCAGAUCCGCAAAAUCGAUAAGCAAGGCAAUCUUCUACAACACCUUAACUACAAAUGUCCUGUUCCGGUGCAGGAUGUCCCUGAUGUGAAUAUUGCAAAGACGCUAGGUCCGCAAGGAUUCCUCCGAGUGUCUCACACUAUCAGUCGUGACUUCUCAGUCAAGGAUGAGAUCUACUAUAGACACGAUCGUCGAGAGCCGAUUAAGCCAGGUAGCGUUGUGCCCGUAGAGAUCCAGCUGUGGCCAAUGGGGAUGGUAUUUGCACCUGGAGAGGGUAUCAUGUUGAGGAUUUCGGGACAUGAUAUGUGCCUUCCUGAGAUCAGCUUUCUGAAACUUGCUGAACCAGACGACGACAACGUGGGUGACCACAAGCUUUACACUGGUGGAGAGUACGACUCAACACUUAUUUUGCCAGUUAUACCACCAGCGAAAUAG